AUGGCGCCCGCAGUCAAGGAUUCCCAGUUCAGCGAUGCUGCUUUCCAGCACCGCCUGGAGUUGAUAGGCAAGACCGGCCCCCAGGCAUUGAUCAAAAACAUCCGUGUAUUUGGUCUGACCUGUUUCGCCUGCAUUGGCGGUCUGCUGUACGGUUACAAUCAGGGUGUUUUCAGCGGUGUCCUGACCAUGACUUCGUUCAACAGCCACAUGGGAGAUUAUGUCCAGAACACAACCAAAAAGGGCUGGCUGACAUCCAUUCUUGAGUUGGGAGCCUGGACUGGUACCCUAUACUCAGGGUUUCUGGCUGAGAUUAUCUCGCGAAAAUAUGCAAUUAUCGUCAAUACUGUCGUUUUCAUUCUCGGCGUCGUCAUUCAGUGCACAGCCAUCUCGGCCGGUCAUUCUGCGAUCUUAGGUGGUCGCUUUGUUGUCGGUAUGGGUGUUGGAUCGCUGUCGAUGAUCGUCCCCAUGUAUGUUGCCGAAUGUGCUCCGCCCGAGCUCCGAGGCCUUCUUAUCGGUAUGCAACAAUUUGCCAUUGAGUUUGGUAUCAUGGUCAGCUUCUGGAUAGACUAUGGCACGAACUACAUCGGAGGCACUGGUGCUUCGCAAUCAGAUGCUGCCUGGCUUGUCCCAUUGGCCCUUCAACUGGCCCCUGCUUUGAUCUUGCUUGUUGGAAUGAUCUUCAUGCCCUUUACGCCCAGGUGGCUCAUUCACCAUGGCCGUGAGGAAGAUGCGAGAAAGACACUGGCAAUUCUCCGAGCCAUGCCUGCCGAACAUGAGCUCAUUGAGCUUGAAUAUCUCGAGAUCAAGGCCCAAUCUAUGUUUGAAAAGAGGACAGUCGAGGCCAACUUUCCUCACCUGCGAGAGCUGACGCCCUUGAACACCAUCAAACUGCAGUUUGUCGCCAUCGGCUCGCUUUUUAAGACCAUGCCCAUGUUCCGACGUGUUAUUGUUGCAACCGUUACCAUGUUCUUCCAGCAGUGGACUGGUAUCAAUGCCGUUCUGUACUAUGCGCCUCAGAUCUUUGCCUCUCUUGGGAUGUCAUCCAACACCACCUCGCUCCUUGCAACUGGUGUGGUCGGUAUUGCAAUGUUGCUUGCCACCAUCCCUGCGAUUCUGUACAUUGACAAGAUGGGACGAAGACCAGCGCUGGCUAUUGGAGCUUUGGGCAUGGGUCUUUGCCACUUCAUCAUUGCCGUCAUCUUUGCGAAGAACGAACAUCAGUGGCCUACUCAUAAAGCCGCAGGCUGGGCAGCCAUUGUCAUGGUCUGGCUUUUUGUCGUCCAUUUCGGUUGGUCUUGGGGCCCUUGCGCUUGGAUUGUGGUGGCCGAAGUCUGGCCUCUAUCUGCACGUCCAUAUGGAAUUGCACUUGGAGCUUCUUCCAACUGGAUGAAUAACUUCAUCGUCGGUCAAGUUACGCCAGAUAUGAUUGAUGGAAUCCGAUACGGUACCUUCAUCCUUUUCGGACUUUUGAUCACGAUUGGUGCAGGUUUCAUCUGGUUCUUUGUUCCUGAGACCAAACAGCUAUCACUGGAAGAAAUGGACUUGGUCUUCGGCUCAAGCGGAGUCGCCCAGGCGGACAAAGAACGCAUGCGCCAGAUCAACGCUGAGAUUGGUCUUGAUCGCAGGAUUUCAGUUAUCGACCAUGGCCAUAGUAGCGAUGACCACGUCACAGAUGUCCAUGAGAAGAAUGCCGACUCCAAGGAGGUGUAG